AUGGCUUACGCCAAAUCCCUGAUACGCCGCGAACUCCUAUCCUUCUUACUGGAAGCUCGUAGUUUCGAUGAAGAGCUCGCAGCAGCAAUUGCGGCCCAGACAGAAGCUAAGCCGAAGAGGCGCUUCACACAGCUCAAGAUUCGUCAUGGUCACGGGCAGGGCCAAGCCCCAGACAAGGGUUCACCAGCCUCGAGAUACAGCUCAGUAACCAUGUCCAAGUUGGCCAAGAGCACCGCAGGUGCAGCUGCUAAAGUCCAAGCAAAGAGGCGAAAAACCCGAAUCCAGUGUCGAGUGACGCAUGGUCGGAACAGGUGCUUCAAGGAGAGCAGAGUCAAACCGAACUCCAUUACAGAAAUCGACGACGAGCUGAGCCAGCAGACUGGCAAUAAGCCUGCUACAGGCUCAGUCAAGAGUGGGAACAAGUGA